UGCUAUAUAAGGUUUUUGUAUAUUUUUCUCAACCAAAGUUGGCAAUUAAGCAAGCAAGCGUGCUUGAAAUAAUUUGAGUUUUUGAUUGAGCUGAAAACACGAGUCAUGGGACUUUCUCAAUAUUCCCUCCUCCAACCCUUUGAUUUGGAGGGUGUUAUCCAAAAAAACGAAAAGAAGUGCAAUUCAAAUGGGUCGUUGUGGAGCAAAGUUUUGGAAGCUCGGGCAAAGAGAAGGUGUCAAUUAGCGACGAAACAGAGGAUGAGCAUGAAAAAUAUGCAUGUGAUGAGAAGCAGAACAAGUAGGAGGAUUCUGAUGAAGAGGACGGCACGUGGUGGGGGUUCAAGACGGCCAUCGAAGGGGAUUGAGAGAAGGGUCAAAACCCUGAAGAAACUGGUUCCAAACACCGAGUCGUCGGUAGGGCUGGAUGGUCUUUUUAGAGAGACAGCUGAUUACAUUUUGUCUCUGCAAAUGAGAGUAAGAGUCAUGCAAAUUAUGGUUAAGGUAUUGACAAAUUCCGACGAGUGACUUGUGAUUCAUCUGUAAAUUAAUUAAGCCAGAUCAUUUCUCUCAUUUUUUUUUUAUUUAUUUUUUUUGUAAUUCUAUUAUUUUGUAUUUUGCUUGUGAUUCAUAGGCAUAGAAGCUUGAUUUUGGAAGUCCUACAGGACUCCAGGGGUAUAUGUAUUGGUGUUGUUUAGAGUUAACAACAACUUCGUUAUCUUAUUGUGUGAAAAAUAACUUUCAGAUGGAUAAGUACUGGUUA